AUGAGUGAUGUGGAAUCGUAUGCGGGGGAUAGGAAGGAUGCGGAGAAGGUGCCCGCAAAGGACCUCGAGCCGUUUGGCAAUGAGGAGACGGCGGAGGUGAAAUAUCGCACCAUGAAGUGGUGGCACUGUGGCAUGCUCAUGAUUGCUGAGAAUGUCUCGGUGGGAAUUCUUUCUCUGCCGUCUGCUGUGGCCACGCUUGGGAUGGUACCCGCUGCUAUUAUGAUUUUGUUCAUUUCGGCUCUCUCAUGGUACACGGGUUAUGCCAUUGGCCAAUUCAAACUGCGCCAUCCUUCUAUUCAUAGUAUGGGAGAUGCUGGCGAACUCUUGAUGGGUCGUGCCGGCCGAGAGAUUUUCGGUCUCGGCCAGCUGCUGCUACUCAUCUUCCUUAUGGCUAGUAACAUCCUGACGUUUAACAUUCUAAUGAAUGUGCUGACGGAUCAUGGCACCUGUACCUUGGUGUUCGGUGUUGUCGGUCUGGUCAUCUGUUUCCUGGGUGCCUUGCCGCGUACUAUGGACAAGGUGUAUUGGAUGUCUGUUGCUUCCUUCCUGAGUGUUCUCGUUGCCACGAUAGUGACCAUGAUCUCUGCCGGAGUGGAGAGCAAAGGCCACAUUCCUAUUCAUGCCACUACGGAAGUUAGCUUCCGCGAGGGUUUCCUGGCCGUGACCAACAUCAUCUUUGCAUACUUGGCCCAUGUUGCCUACUUCGGCUUCAUGUCCGAGACGGAGGAUCCACGUACCUUCAACAAAUCCCUGGCCAUGUUGCAAAUCAUCGACACCGUCCUGUACCUUGUCAGCUCAAUGAUCAUCUACAACUACAUCGGCCCCGACGUCAAGUCCCCGGCUAUCUCGUCCUUGAGUCCUAUCAUGAGCAAGAUCGCCUGGGGACUUGCUAUUCCUACGACCAUCCUCUCUGGUGUCGUUCUCGGACACGUUGCGUGCAAAUACAUCUAUGUGCGGCUCUUCCGGGGAUCUGACAAGAUGCACCGCCGCGACCUGGUGUCCAUCGGAUCCUGGGUGGCCAUCUGCCUCUUCGUCUGGCUGGUGUCUUGGGUUGUCGCGGAAUCGAUUCCGGUGUUCAACGACCUGCUCAGUUUGAUCAGUGCGCUUUUCGGAAGUUGGUUCAGCUUUGGUUUCCCCGCCAUUUUCUGGCUGCACAUGAACCGAGGCGAAUACACCCGCAACUACAAGAAGAUCUUCUUGACGGCUCUCAACAUCGCCAUCUUGGCUAUCGCGUGCGCCAUUUGUGGAUUGGGUCUGUACGUCUCCGGUGCCGCUAUCCACGACGAUUCAGGUUCCAGCAGCUGGUCUUGCGCCAACUCCGCCUAA